UCCUCACACCAACCUCCUGCCCUCGCGCACCCACGCUCGCUUUCGCACACCACCGACCAUCCACACUCGUUCACGCACCCACACCACACCACACCACACCAACCAUGUUGUCACGGAUAGCAGCGCUGCUGCUCUCAGGAGCCGCCAUUCUGGGCGCGCAAGCCCAAACAGCCGCCCUUCCUGCAGAACUCGUCGGCACUUGGACGAGCAAGGCGAACUCAACCAUGACCGGACCUGACUUCUACGACCCCGUAAAUGAGAAAUUCACCGAGCCCAAGCACACGGGCAUCAGCUACUCCUUUACUGCGGAUGGGCAUUUUGAAGAGGCAUACUACCGCGCUGUCGCAAACCCAACAGAUCCCAAAUGCCCCAAGGGCAUAAUCCAAUGGCAACACGGAACCUAUGAGAAACUCGCAAACGGUUCUCUGGUCCUCAAGCCCAUUAAGGUGGACGGCAGACAACUUUACUCCGACCCGUGCUUUUACAAGAACUCCGUCUACACACGAUACAACGCGAGCGAACUAUUUGAUCAUUACGAGUACGUUGCCUCGGACGCCUACCACAAGAUCCCGCGCAUCACCCUCUACAAAUGGGACGGCGCGCCCAUGAUGCCUCUGUACCUUGCCAUGUCCACGCCGAAAAUGCUACCCACCACAACCCUCAACCCUCUCGUGACGCAAACCCCUUCAGCCAAGAACUCGAAGCGCGGCGAACUACCUAUGAACCACGAAGUGCUGUACAAGAGGACGCCUGGCGCCGCCAGGGCCGAGCAGUGGUGGUGGUUCGGCGUUUUUAUGACAGCGGGUGGGAGUGUGCUCUACUACUUCUUCUAGAAGCGCAAUGGACACUACGGCAUUGAGGAAUAGCCGUAGUUGGAGACGCUUGCACAACGCCAUCACUGGAUAAGGCGUACAUCGGAGUUUGGCAUAUUAAAUGGCACGGAGCAUUUCUUUCUAAUUGGAUUCACACGACAUGGUUGCUGGGCUGAGAAGAGGCGUUGGUGGCAUCCAUCAGACACGAGUCCUCAAAAACACCUCAUGUUCUCAUUAGCUAACGAGCGAGCGGGCGUAAUUUGACCUUUGGAGAAUCUGUAGACAAAUCAUCAUGUAUAGUUCAAUACACUUGUUCGAACUCAGACAGAUUUCUUGAUCAGCGUUGCCUGCUAUCGCAUGCCCCGAAUCUUUCAACAACAACACUGUUAUCUCCCCCGC